AUGCUAGUUUAUAAUUCAAGUUUCGAUGAGUUUAUGCUAAAGGGCAAAAAUGAUUCAACUGAGGUUGUGUAUACAUUUAUAUUUCAAGAAUAAAACAUACAAAGUAUAUAAAUAAAGAUGGCUUGUAUUAUUGGCAUUUUGUGCAUUUACGUAAUCAAUUCAAAUAAUGUUUAGAUUUUGUAAUGCUUUAGGUUUUGUUUAAUAUACUCCUAUUUUAAAUUUAGCUGCCUCUUAUUAUGAUGUAGAUGAAAAUGGUGUUGCCUGGUUUAGUAUUUGUUAUUACAUUACUUAUUUUUUGUUUGCUCCAUUUAGUAUUAAACCAUUAGACAUGAGACUUGAUCUCACUUUGUUUUUAGCUUCAUUUUUAACUUCUUUAGGUAAAAUUAAAUAUAUCUAAGGUUAAUGGAUUAUAUAUUUGGCUCAUCAAAAUUAUGCAUUAGCAAUUAUUGGAUUCGUUUUAAUAGGAAUAGGUUAAAUAUUCAUUUUAGCAGCACCAGCUUGUAAUCAAUUAUAAUUUACAAUUAAAUAGAUAUUUCUGAUAGAUGGUUUCCUGUACAUGAAAGAACUGUUUCGACUUGUUUAGGAAGUUUCUUAAAUUUAGUCGGCUUGAAUUUUUCUAUUUUUUAUUCAUCAAUAACUUUUGAAGAGCUUUCAGAAGCUGAUGAUAUUAUAAAAGAAAUAGAUUAUAUGAACCUACUCUAUUCAAUAAUGAAUACUGUUGCUUUCAUUAUGUGUUUACUUAUGAUCAAAAAUAAACCACCUUCACCGCCUUCUUUUUCAGCUGUAAUUAUUUAUGUAAAUUAUUUUGGCUUCAGAAAAAAUGUUAAUUAUGAAAUCAUUUAAAAGAGCUUUUAGAAAUUUUGAGUCAAUUUUUGAUUUAUUUU